UGAAGCUUCUCUCUCCUUUUAAAAUCUUUAACCCUAGAGAUCUUCACCAGCCUUAAGAACUUGCCUCUCACUUUCUUGUUCCUUCCACUUGUUUUUUCCUUUAAAUCUCUCUCUCAGUCAAUUUUCCUUUUCUGUGUUCCUUUGUUGUACUAAAAGCUGCUGUUCUUUCUGCUAAAGUCUUUAAGAACUGAUCGCCAUCUUAUCUCCUUCAGGUAAUCCACCAUUGCAUACAGCCGUAAACAUGGCUUUGAUUAGUUUUCCCACUGAUCAUAUUAAGCUUAGGAAAACGAUUUCGUUCGAGAAGAAACCGGUACUGAUGCUCAAGAUUACCUGCUGAGAGACGAUCUGAGUUCCUGCUCUUCCAAUAGUUUCAAAUCGUUUCCACGACAACGUUGUUGCACCACCGUGAGGUUUCUUCUCGAGACCGAGUUGAAGAAAUCCAAAGACAAUUACUCAACCACAACUAAACGGCUUCUCAAAAGAAGCAGUAAGAGGCCAGGUGGUACCACCGUUUCAGCUCUUCAGAGAGCUUCGGAGGCCCUUCUGAACGCUGUCAAGCUACUGCCUUUUCCUUCUAUGAAGUCAUCCUCGCCGCCGUCGUUGAAAAGGAACAGUUCGAGGAAAGUACAUUUUGCCAGGAGUUUUUCAAGGAAGAUCUUUAAAAGAAGCUUUCGGAGAAAAGCCGACAACGAAGAUAUCGGUGGCGGCGGUGGUGGUGGUGAGGUCAGACAGUGCAAGUUGUUCCGUGAAUUUCUUGAAGAGAAAAAUGAAGCGUCUGAUGAGAAUACAAUCAGAAACGUAAACACCAACACCGACACCUCCAUGACUACCGGUAGGGUGUCCUCCAACACGAGCAGUAACAGCUGGGGUGAAACUGAAUUUACCGCGGAUGUCUUACAGUCGUCUUGGAGCGGUAAUUCGGAGAGCUCGAGUGAGGACGACGUCGUUGAGGGAGAAACAAGUUUUCCCCCAAAGGAAAAGGCCAGCAAUGCUGUAGGCGUAACAGUGUGUGAGGAAUCCAUCUACUUCACAAAGGUAAAAACGGAGCAGGAUUGGGCAAACGAGGAAGGAAAAGAACAGUUUAGUCCUGUAUCUGUUAUAGAUUUCCCCUUCGAUGACAUCUCUCAUUUCGAAGAUGGCUUGCCCCACGUCGAAGCAGGGACAAAACAAAAGGUCCCAAGGUUUCAGAGCUUGGCUCAGCUUCAGCCAGUGGACUUACAGAAACGAAUCGCAAUGGCAGAGCUUGAAGAUGAAUCAACAUCACUUGAAAAUGAGAAACUACUCAUGUUAUCGAAAACCAAAAUCCCAUCACGGAUUUUCAAGUUUGUGGAUGAUAAUCUGUUGUUAGAUUGCUUUGCCGAAGAGCAGCUUCAUAUGGGGUUUGAAGAUUUUGGGGUCUAUUGUUUGAAGAUGGUAGAAGAUUGGAUCAAUGGUGAUUGUGAGGAUGUUUUUGUAGGAUGGGAGACGCAGGAAGGAAGAAAAACAUAUCUGAAAGAAAUUGAAAGAAAAGGAAAUUGGAGAAAUUUCAAGGAAGAAGAAGAAACGUGGGAUCAGCGUUAGAGCUCGAGGUUUUCAGUUCACUGGUGGAUGAAUUAUUAACUGAAUUCUUUUAGCAUGGUUUAAGGCACCAUGAUAACGACUCGAGGUGGUCUUCUUCAUUUAAAAGCUGUGAGUUUGAAUGACUAAAGCCACCUUGAAGAAGACGAUUUGAGCUUGUGUAUUAUUGAGUUUUUCUUUUCUCUUUUCUCGAGAGAAAAUAUUUGUGAGGUUUUGUUGCA